AUGCCUGAAAUUCAAGUAACAGAUGCAGCGCCGGCGCCCGUUCGCGCAAAAGAACCUUGCCUUAUUCCAUCCUCGAAUAAACUGCGCGAUUGGAUUGAGGAUACCAUUGAUCUUGGUGCCAUUAGUUUGACGCGACAGGAUGUUUCCCCUGCUCUACUCAUGCUCUGCGGUGCCGCGUCUCAUGGAGACCUCCGAAACUACACUGGAUGCGGAAUCAUUGGCAUCAAUGCGAACGCCCAAAUUACCGCCCUUCACGAAUCGGACGACCUCACGAGCUGCCUCAUAUCUAUGGAACCCGACUUCGACCUCGAAUCCACAAUAUCUCAGAAUCUACACACUUUGCAGCAUGAUCUUCACGAAGAGGCCCAGCGCCAUAGUCAACAUCGGAACACCAUGACCGAAGGCACCAUCCGUCACAUCAUUAUACUCGAAGAAGCGGGCGAAAGUGAAAAAUCCCCGAAAUGGAUACAACAGCUUAAAUCAGGUGGAAAGACGGAUAAACUUCUCCCUACAACGAUUCUGCAUUGUGUCCUGGAAGAAAGCCGUUUGUCAUUUCGAAUGUGCAUUACCCACCCAGGCGCAGAUGGAGCUCUCCAAGCGCAAAGCGCCAUUGUCAGCUUCUCACACCUUUUUAAUAAAUUUAUCAGUCACCCACAAUCUCAGCUACUGGAUGUAAUAGGAUAUUUGUUGCCCACUUCGCCCACGGCAUCCACCCCAGAAGUUCCACCAUCCUGGGAGGUAUGCGUGCAAAAUGUAAUCCAACAGCAAUGUCGCAAAUCCCCAGACUCGCUUGCCGUUGACGCAUGGGAUGGUUGCCUAACAUACCGAGAGCUGGAAGAGCUUACCGACCGACUAGCACGCGCACUGAUGCUUUUGGGCAUAGGACCGGAGCGCUUCGUUCCCAUUUGUAUGGAGAAGUCUCUAUGGACAACAGUUGCAAUCCUCUCCGUAAUAAAAAGUGGCGGCGCAUUCAGUCUACUAGACCCAGCGCAUCCUUUACCGCGUCUGCAACAGAUAUGCGAUGACCUUGAAAGCCCAUUUAUAAUCUCGUCGCAAGAGCAAUCAGCACGCUGCCUGGAGCUGGGAGAUGUUCUGGUUCUAGAAAAUUUGGAUCAAGCAUGUCGAUUCACCCGUACCCUCCGGGGAAUGCCGUUGGCCCAGCCAAGUAAUGCGCUCUAUGUCGCUUUCACGUCGGGCUCCACAGGAAAGCCGAAAGGAGUUGUUAUUGAACACCAGGCUUACGCCUCAAGUGCUAUAUCCCAUACGCCAUUAUUCCAGCUUAAUAACACUUCUCGCCUUUUACAGUUCGCGGCCUAUGCCUUCGACGUUAGCAUUUUGGAGACGCUAAGCACACUAAUGGCUGGAGCUUGUCUAUGUGUACCGAGUGAGGCUCAACGGAACGAUGUGGUUUUAUUCGAAGAGGCCUUGAAGACCUUCCGUCUAACCCAUGUUGGCCUUCCUCCCUCCUUUGCUCGAAUAGUGCCCUGGGAGAAUAUUGAAGAGCGCCCUACAUUGUUAACCGGUGGCGAGCCAAUGCGCAAGUCUGACAGAACAAUUUAUGAUGGGCUCGGGAUGCGCUUGAUGAAUGCAUAUGGCCCCACUGAGUGCUCUGUUAACGCCACAAUGAAUCAUCGCGUGAGACCCAGACAUCCGGUGCAGAAUAUUGGUAAGCCUACUGGGGCGGUUGCGUGGAUCGUCGACCCUGAUGAUAUGGACACACCGAUGGGAUGGGGCGAGGUUGGCGAACUUCUUCUUGAAGGUCCGAUCGUGGGACGAGGAUAUUUGAAUAACAGUACUGCUACUCGCAAAGCCUUUAUUGAACCUCCAACAUGGCUUCAACAGCUGCGAAAGGGGCAGCAUCAGCAUCGAGUUUACCGAACGGGUGAUUUAGCCUCUCAGGAUCAGACAGGAGAUAUUAAUAUCAUCGGUCGCAACGACGGACAGUUCAAGAUUCGAGGACAGCGCGUUGAGGUGGCUGAUGUCGAGCAUCAUGUCAACGACUUUGUGGCCUCCAGCACCGAUGUUGUCGUUGAGAAAGUACACACCUCUGACGACUACCAAAGGCUGAUCGCAUUUAUCGUCCUAGAUGGGCCAUUGCCUCCGCAGACGACCGAUUCACUCUUUAUCGCACCAGAUGCCUCUGACCUGGAGAAUUUUAAAGGCAUCCAAGGGCAGCUGCACAAUCGUCUUCCCCGGUAUAUGGUGCCCGAUGUGUGGAUUCCAUUGGCUCGUCUCCCCAAGGCACCAUCUGGAAAGAUCGACCGUCGUUUAUUAAGAGAGACCGCAGCAGCAAUGUCACAAAGAGAUCUUUCUGAAUUUGCGUGCUCCGCCGAAGAGAAAGAGAAACGGGCUCCUAGCACUGACAGCGAACAGAAACUACAGCAAGUGUAUGCUGAGAUUCUCCAAAUCCAACUUCCAGCCAUUGGCAUGGACGAUACAUUUUUGCGCCUUGGUGGAGAUUCCGUCCAAGCUAUUCGUCUGAUCGGGGCUGCAAGAAAAGUGGGAAUUGUCAUUCAGAUGCAGGAAUUACUCUCUGAGGUCACUAUCGCCGAGCAGGCGGAGAAAUCCACGACGAUUACAUCUUCGCCCGAGACGGUAUAUGAGUCGUUCAGUCUGGUGAACACCUCUGUCCAGUCUGAUGUUCUUAGGUUAGCCCAGGAACAAUGCAGCGUGCAAAGAUCCCAGGUUGAAGAUAUUUAUCCAUGUACACCCCUACAAGAGAGCAUGUUCGCAUCCUCGCUACAGCACCCUGGCAUGUACACUGGAAAUAUCGUCUUUCGAAUUCCACUCGACGUGGACGCAUCCAAAUUAAAAAACGCAUGGAAAAACACGUCUGAUUACAAUCCUAUUCUGCGCACGAGGAUUAUUCAAACCUCUCAUGGCUUUUUCCAAGUCGUUGUUGACGCCUUCGCGUGGCAUGAGGAGGCCGGCCCCACUCUGCAAACCCCCAGAUUUACCGAACUCGUCGGGCAACCAUUGGUUCAAUAUUCUUACAACGAGAAGAAUCGCGAGUUAGUAUUGACGAGUCACCACUCUGUGUCAGAUGACUGGACGCUACGCCUCGUUCACCAACAGGUGGAAGCCGCAUAUCAUGGCCACUCGCUGGAGAAGCAGCAUUUUUAUCCCUUCAUUCAGUACACCCGGGGAAUCCAGGGCGUGGACAAAUUCUGGGCCACUCAGCUGUCUAAAUUAGAUGCCACCGUCUUUCCUGAGCUUCCGGCCAGCAAUUACCGACCUUCAGCCACGAAGUCACUCCAACAUAAGAUCGAGGGGCUUUCAUUGGAGAAGCAAACAUCUCAUACCCUCCCUACUUACAUCUACCUUGCGUGGGCACUGCUUAUCGCUCAUUAUACUGAUUCACCCGAUGUGGUGUACGGCGUGACUCUCAGUGGACGCAAUGCUUCAGUCCCAGGUAUUGAGGCCAUGGUCGGGCCGACAAUUACGACCCUUCCAUUGCGCGUUCAAUUGCAGUCAGCAAAUUUGGUAGUGACCGCGCUAGAUCAAGUACAAAAAACAUUGGCUUCCAUGAUUCCAUACGAACAGGUCGGGUUGCCGCGGAUCGCGAAAAGUUGCGAGGACGGUAAAAGAGCUUGCCAAUUCCAAAGUCAGCUAAUAAUCCAGUCUCCGGAGGAAGCAGAACAGACAAGUCUUCUUGAAACCGUACAAGGAUCUGUCACUACCGGCCUGGAUUAUACCAACUUCUGUGAGUUCGCAAUGAUGCUGUCGGUUCUACCCAGCGCAGACCGUAGCGGUAUGGCUAUUGAUACUGCGUUCGAUCCCAAUGUCCUCUCGCCGGAUUCAAUGCGUCGAAUGCUGUCUCAAUUUACACAUAUCCUCCGUCAAAUCAUGCUGCAACCUGCGCAGCAGAUAGAAGCAAUUGACAUGGCAUCCCCUGAUGACCUGAGACAACUUCAACAGUGGAAUCCCCAAAUACCUGCGGCUGAAAACCGGUCCUUGCACGAGAUUGUUCUAACUCGUUGCCUUGAAAAGCCAACGGCUACGGCUGUGUGUUCCUGGGAUGGUUCAUUGACUUACUCAGAACUAGCCAACUUGUCAUCCUCGCUGGCUUACCGACUCAAACUGCUGAAUAUACACCCAGGUUCCUCAGUAGGAGUCUGUCUAGAGCGAAGUAAAUGGAGCGUUGUCGCCAUUCUGUCUGUCUUGCGUGCCGGAGCUACUUGCAUCCUCUUAGACUUGAAUCAUCCGCGCCAGAGAAUUCAAGAUAUCCUCAAAGAAACUUCCGUUCAGGUCGUCAUCAACAGUCAGACGACAGCUGAAUUAACAAGCGGUCUCACCCCAAGCGAGCUUCGUCUAGAUCCUGAGCUCACAGAUAGUCUGCAGCAUACGCCACACAUACCUGACUCACCGGGCCCUCCUACUGCUCCGGCUUUUAUCCUUUUCACCUCCGGCAGCACCGGUCGGCCCAAGGGCAUCGUCAUGCCGCACAGCGCCUUAGCCUCGAGUAUCAAGUAUGCCACCGCCCCGAUAAACCUCACAGCUGAUUCUCGGGUGCUCCAUUUCUCCUCAUACGCCUUCGAUGUCAGUAUUUUCGAGAUCUUCUUUUCGUUGGCGGCGGGUGGAACUCUCUGCGUUCCGUCAGAAUUCGAACGUAAAAACGCGCUUGCCGCCGCCAUCUGCCGACUUCAAGUCAAUUGGACGCUCAUCACCCCAUCAACCGUGCAAACUUUGCAACCUUCAGAAGUUCCAUGUCUGUCAACCUUGGUCCUGGGAGGUGAAGCUGUCACCCGUGAAAAUGUAGAUAUUUGGGCCACUGGUCGCAGGAUGAUCAAUGCAUAUGGGCCCGCGGAAGCUGCAGUUUCCGGUGCUGGAAACAUUCCCCCCACGGGCUGGAAGCAAGGGUUGAUUGGGUCAAUCGUCGGUGGUGUCGGCUGGGUGACAAUGCCCAAUGAUACGUCGCGUUUGGCUGCGGUCGGAGCCAUCGGAGAACUACUGUUGGAGGGACCUUUUCUGGCCGCAGGAUACUUCAACCUUCCGGAUAUCACGGCCGCAUCAUUCAUUGAAGCCCCGGCAUGGAGACAGAACAUGUCACUGGGUUCAUCUUCAGGACUCUACCGGACGGGAGAUCUCGUGCAGUACCAAGAUGAUGGCACAAUUAGAUACAUAGCCCGCCAGGGGACGCGCAUGAAGCUCCACGGCCAAUUGAUCGAUAUGGGAGAAGUUGAAACCAACAUGCUCCGUGAGUUCCCUUCGGCAAACGGAGUGGCUGCCGAGAUAAUCUCUCUGGAUAUUGGCGACAAGAAAACAGCAACCCUGGUCGCUUAUAUCAGCAUCCACUCCAACGAUCCCAAAGAGCGCGAUGCCAAUGCCUUUUUAAACUCAGUCUCUCAGCAAUUCCGCCAAAGUACCGCCGAGGCAGAGACACGCCUUCGACGUAUCCUUCCAUCAUAUAUGAUCCCGUCCAUGUUCAUCCCAAUACAGGCGAUGCCACAUACCGUGACAGGAAAACUUGAUCGUCGCAGCCUACGGUCAGCUGUCCAGUCUCUCUCUGCUGCUGAGCUCCAGAAUUAUCGCGCAGCUCCACGAGUAAAAGCCCCAGUCUCUAGUGAUGCUGAGCAACUGCUGCAAACCACUUGGGCUGAUCUCCUAGGCCUGUCCAAGGAAUCUAUUGGGGCGGAAGACAACUUCCUCAUUGUCGGUGGGGAUUCGAUCGUUGCCAUGCGAAUGGUCGCUACGGCUCGACGUGCUGGGUUCGACUUCACCGUGGCAGACGUCCUGAGCCCGAACAGCUCUUUGUCAUCUCUUGCACUUUCCUUGCAACACGCGGUGCCCGGUGAAGAUAAAUCUGCUAUCUCUGCUCCAGAUAAGCCAUCAAUCCUCACAUCGGUGGACUUCCAGCGACAUCUCACCUCUCUGAAACACCAAGGAAUGAUACCGUUGGCUGGAAACGUCAUUAGCGCGCAGCCAGCUACGCAAGCACAAUCAACACUUAUUUCAAGAUACCCAUGGUUCCAUUUCCAGUUUCCAUUCCAAGGUGAUCUGAACGAAGAAAGAGUGCGAGAUACGUGUUCCGCACUUGUCCGUGCUCACAGUGUACUGCGGAUUGUCUUCACUCAAUAUCGCGACGAGGUCUUCCAAUUAACCCUAGCGCAAGAUACGAAUCUUCCUUUGGAGGUAGUUACGACCGAUAAGGUGUUAGACUCAUUUUGUGAAUCUCUUUGCCAUGCGGAGCAAUCUGUUUCGGUUCCUUCAGCAGGAGUGGCGACUCGCUUCACUCUGGUAUCCAAUCCCACGAAUACAGAUCAGCGACUCAUCAUCCGCCUGGCUCACGCCCAAUAUGAUGCCAACUCUGUUGGAAUUCUGGUUCACGAUCUCGAAUCAGCAUAUAAUGAUGGAAAGAAGAUCGCCAAUACCUCUUUCGACACGUACCUUGAGCAACGGGCGCAACAUUCAGAUCAAGAGCAGCAGAGAGCCUUUUGGCAAGAGUACCUGGCGGGUUCAUCACUGACCUCCUCGCCCCUCGAUCACACAUCGGUCAAUGAGUUAGUCACAGGAACCUGCGAUCUUGCUUUACCGGCUGCACUCCCACCUUCUAUCACCCUUCCUACCCUUGUGAAAGCUGCCGCCUCUCUAGUCCUUGCUAGACACCACCAGCGACCUGAUAUCGUCGUCGGCCAGACCGUCGAUGGACGCAGUUUGUCAUUCCCCGAUAUCGAUCGAGUUGUGGGCGCUUGUAUCAAUUAUAUACCGUUCCGUGUUCAGCCUCGUGCCUCCAUGACUGCGCGAGACUAUCUCCUCCACGCCCAAGUCCAGCAUGCCCGGAGCCUGGGGUCCGAGUCUCUUGAUUUGCGUACUAUAGUCUCGCAAUGCACAGAUUGGUCUCCUUCAGAUUCGACAGAAUUCGGGUACCUUGUCCAGCAUCAGACGGCUAAUCACGGCUUAACGUUGACACUUGCGAAUAAGCCGUCGUCUCUCUCACUAGUGGGUGGGCUCUGUCCUGGACCGGAGGUGUGGAUUUGCUCUACCGAGACCCUAUCUGGGGUGAGAAUGGAUAUCCACUGCUCAGCGCAGAAGAUGAGUCUCGAUCGGGCCACAUCUAUGGCGCAUGAAGUUUGCACAAUGAUUAAUGAUCUUAUUACGAGUUCGGACAAGCAUUUAAAUGCCAUUGAAGGAAUCACAUUCCUAAACUAG